AAUACGACAUUCUUCAGGUCGCUCAGACCCACAAGAGUCUCUACUCAGCAGGGAACUAGCACCCUCACCACCACCUGAUGCGUGAAACUAUACCCUCUUGGCAAGCCUAGUCCGUGCUAUCGCUCAUCCCAGAGGAUGGAACGAUCAGCUACCCCAGGCCCGGGUGUCAAACAACCCCAUUUGCCUAAUAAGUCGGUCAACUCGACGGCAAAUCAAAAUCAGGGACAAGAUGUCGUCUCUUCCGCCUCUCUGUCUUUUGCACAGCGAAAAGUCCAACUGUCACGACCUUUAAAGACCAGUAUCGUGGAGGGUAACAAUGUAAUAAGGGACAUUGAACGGCCCCCUCCUGGAGAUAUUAUGAGCAGCCGCCGCAAAUCGCAACUUCAGCCCGGGCUGGCGAAGAAGAGAAGCGCAUACUACGAGAAUGAGUUCUCGGUCGGGCGAGAAGCCGAUCCCACAAAAGACAGAGUACGAAAUGAAGCUAUCGUCCUCGCAGAGUUACGGACGAAUGUUAUGAUACAAGACGAGUUUACCUUCAUCACUGAUCUUUCGUACCAACUGUCCAAUCGGUAUCAGAGGUCCAUGUCAUCCAUUGUCAUCAACCUUCAGCAUGGGUGUUGCAUGAUGUUUGGCGGCUCUUUCGAUCCUGCAUAUACCCUGACAGUCUUUGCAUUGCCGAGCCUGGUUCAACCGACCACGAACAAGAGAAACGCAGCCCUUAUCCAGAGUCACUUACAGGAAAGUCUCGGUGUUGCGCCCUCCAGAGGAUACGUGCGGUUCGUUGCGACGCCGGAAGAGGACGUCGCCUGUGCCGGCAAAACACUGGCUGGUGAGAUGGACGAGUUGGAGAGGGCUUUAAAUGGCCAUCACGAACCCGGACGUGAGUCCUUGAAGCCAUCGAAAAACAGCAAAAGGCUUAGUGUGCGCGUAAGUCAUGCCAUCACUAACAACAAGUCUUUUGCGACUUUGCGACCGUCUACGCCUGGAAACAUUAGAGCCGACCCUCUGCCAACACCACCAGCUAGCACAGAUGAAACUCCUAUGAUCACAACAGCAAUGUCAGAGCAUCCUCCCACACCGCCAGCGGAUCCACCGCAGGACCAGAAGCCUACCAGGACAGCAGCUCGUAGGAAGAGCUUCGUCACGGCUUUGUUUGGCGGCAAGACUUCAAGUAAGGCGCGCUGUCCAAAGACAUCUUCAGCUUCACCUGCUCUGUAGUCAUCUGUACUGCACUUCGCUCUAUUGAUACCAUCCAUGUAGCAUGAGAUCAAGAAAUAGUCUGAUCGGCGAAAAAUAUACAGAUCGCCAUAAUGCAUUGUUUCCUAGCUAUGUUUGCUUGAGCUAGCAUUGCACAUUGAUAGAUAUUUCAUCAUCAGUUGCCCGUACUCAUUUCACUCUCGGUGUAGCUCAAACAAUGAUUGUAGUGGGUGCCCCUUUGUCAAGCUGUGGUUAACGGCGGCACAUAGUAUAUGUCCAGGCAUGAGGACUAAUUCAGGUAUGUAACACGGAAUAAGCAUGAAGAGAAAGCCUGGUAUCAAUGUGCCGUUUGAAUGUGCAAUGAAUAAU